AUGAACAUGGCCAUUGUGAUGGGCUCGAUGCAGAUCACCAACCGUCUGGACCUCGAGGACACAAAGACAAAGCAGAUCAUUCUCGGCGCCUACAUCACCGCCCAGGCCUUCGUCGUCGGCAUCUCGUACCUGAUCCAGCGCAGGAUCCAGGCCAAGAAGGACACCACCGUCCUCAAGUACCUCGACCAGCCCAAGCCCAUGUCUGGCGAGCAGCCCAAGCUCAUCACUACCACCAACAUGGAUUAUGACCUCGAACAGAACGCCCAGGCCCAGAAGCAGGCCCUCAUCGGUCUCGCCCUCAUGGUUUUCUUGCACUUCCAGUUUGGCGUUAUCCGUCCCCUUAUCGUCCAGUCGAUCCUCCCUGUCAAGAACGCCUUGCAGUCCAAGUGGGCUCAGGUCCACGUCUUUGGAAAGCCCGCUGAGGGUGACUUGAAGCGCCCCUGGAAGGCUGAUAACCCCUUUGCUGCCUUGACCGGUGCGACUGAGGAGCCCCAGUCUGAGGCUGCUGAGAAGGCUGCCAUCAAGAAGGCUGAGAAGGCCGAGUCUAAGGCCGGAUCCAAGUCCGAGUCCAAGAAGGAUCUUUAA